AUGUCGAUUGAAGAGCGGUCGAAGCGCUUUACACCAAGGGUGUCCACGGCUUUUUGUAUGGCAAGAGUGUGGAACGGUGGCCAGGGUGGCCAGUGUCCACUCACGCCAGCUACACGGGGCCUCUGCCAGUAUCAUGUGGAUAGGGAUGAGGACAUUGGAUUGAACUACGGGCGUGUUGAUGGUUCAAUCCCAGAGGAAACGCUACUGGCCUUCGAGGCAGCUGCCGGGACAAGUGACACAAGUCCAAACAAAAGCGAGGGGCGGCGCCAGCGGAGCCGCAGUGGCGCACGCGAAAGGAGAGAAGCGAGCCGGCAGGAGAUCAAGGCGCGAUCAAAGCCGAAAGCAAGUCCAAGAGCCAAGGCGGAGGCAAAGGAGCCUGUCAAAGCUGAAAGGAGCAUUCAGAGCAACCGCCCGCGCUGCACUUCGCGUGUAUGGGCAGGUGGCCAAGGCGGACAGUGCACGAGGCACUGUGAAGUUGAAGGUGGCCUCUGCAGCUUGCAUGCGGCAGAGGCGGCCAAACUGGGAUGCCCGAAACACGGGUACAUCCACGGCGAUAUCCCCGAAGGAAAAUACAAGGAGUUCAAAAAGGAAGCAGACCGGAGGGGCUGGUCUACGCCGAGUCCGCAAGCUCCGCCGCCUGGUCCUUCCGGUGCCAAACAGAAGCGGCCGGUGGGGCGCCCACGGAAGUGA